AUGCCACUCCCCGGACAACGUCGGACGUAUUUCGUCCCUGCGAAUUUUGACAACCCUCCUCCGCCGGAUGGCCCGAUCAAGCUCGGCCAGCUGGUGGUUCAGCCAGAGAAUCCAGGGCGUCCCGUAGAUCCAGCCGGGCCCCUCGCAUUUGAAGACUUCGAGGGGAUGAAACGAUACACGAACUCGACCAAGUUUUCCCUCCAGGAUCAAAAUGAAAUGGUGUCGGAGGGCGGCCUCUUCGGGCGGGCUCUGCAGGCUGUGAGCGUCAAACUUGGUGUCAGCUUCUCCAGCUCGGCGGUCUCGUAUGUUCUUAACGAGAUUGAAACACUGGACGUUGAGUUCAUCGAGCCCACGGAUGAUUAUGUCAGGGCCAGCAUGGACCGUCCGAGGGUGAAAGCAGCUUUGAAGAAGCAGUUUUUCAAAAAGAGGCUAUACAUGGUGACUGGAAUCAAGACUGCGUAUCCAGGCGCAAAGCUGGAUCGGAAGGAUGCGUUUAGCGCAAGUCUUACUGGUGAGAGUGAAGCCUCGGGGCCUCAGGGGACUGGGGCUGUAGGGGGUCACGCGAAAUUUUCGGCAUCGGAGCUACGGGCGCUGGCUUUGGUCCCUGCCAGGCCGUUCGUUUAUGGAUACCGUCUACAGGAGUGCUACUAUAGGAUUCGAAGCCUGAACCAUAAAGAAUAUGUCGACGGGGCGCUUUUUGGCGUUAACAAGCAGUUUACGAGUGAUAAGGAGGUUGAGAUCAGGGAAGACGAUAUCGAUAUUGAAUUCAACUUUAUUGAUGGCAAAGACCUAUGCGAUUUGGAAGCUGAAGACGACGAAACCGAGUUCGAGAUCGUGUCCUUGGUAGAUGAGCACGACGGCUCUGCCUGCGAUGUUAUCAUGCCUCUUGCAGCUUAA